AACUGGAUAUAAAAGAGACACAGAGGGACUGUUCAUAAGGCCAGAGGUUACUUUGAAGUCCAGUUAGUCCCAGUGAGCUGCUUGUCUCAAACCAUAAGCGUCUGAGGAGUACGGGGUGCUGCUUUUCAGCCAUGGCUCUUGGACUCAUUUUGCGAGUUUCCUGGAUUAGUUUUUUGCUGUUUGACCGCAGUGCUGGAAUACCAACUGAGAGAGGGUAUGGAUAUCCAUAUAAGGAGGACUCGCAUAACAUAGGUGAUGAUGGAGAGGAUGAAGCGUUAACCUCUCCGACCUUUGAUGAGAGUGACUGGCAGGCUUCAAAUAACCAACCGACUGGCCCUGUAUACACAAGCUACAACAAACCUGCAGUUGCACAAUGGCCCGGUUCGGUUACAUCUCAGCACAACCCGCCCUACACAGCUAGCGCUCGUGAGGUAGAGAAACUCACUAAUGGUGCGGCAAGAGACUGGGGCUGGGACAACCCUGAGCAACUACUUCUAUUUCCUCUAAACCCCAACUACCAGCCGAGUGAUCCAGCAGAGCCUCAGCCAGGCCAACCUCAGUCAACAUCACUCGGUGUGCCUGCCUCUCCAGCUGGUGGCUCUAUUCUUUCGAGUCCAGCUGGCGCCGAUGAGCCUGCACCAUCCUCCACCUCUCAGGCUGCAGGGUCUCCCAACUCUGAGUCUUGGCAGCCUGUGCCAGUUAGCAGCGGUUAUGGUGUGGCUGACUACCCAAACCAGGACUUAAACUCGGGCUCCACUGGAGGUGGCUCGAGUAGCACUCCUCAUCUCGUCUAUGAGGACGUCUUUCAGUAUCCACCUGAGAAUACUGGGGCUUCCUCCAAUACUGCAGGUGGGUAUAGCCAAGGUUAUCCCAUGAGCAAGGGGUCUUCCACUGCUUCAACACCAGAGGGACCCUCACUCCCCAGUAACCCAACUAAUGAAGGAGCCCAGCCCGUCCAUCCAUCAUCUUCUGGAGGAGAGCCCCUUAACUUGGGUCAAACUGACCACCAGCCACGUGAAGAGAACCCCUCUCCAAUCCCACAAACACCAGCUGUCAGCACCCAAGACGUUCAGGUUACCCAGAGACUGAGCGAACCGAUCCGUCCUCCCCCACCACCACCUUCUCCGUCUCCUCCUCCUCUUCCACGCUAUUUCAUCCAGUCCAGAAACGGCUACCAGCGAGCCAGGUAUCUCUUCUCAAAAUCCAGGUACUCGCCAGAAUUUGUAAGCUCAUAGGGUGUCGAGGGUCAACCAGCUGCCUCUGUAAAGAACCUUCAAAGGGCCAAAUGGUAACCAACAUGGAUAUUAAUGUGUCCCAAGCUGCAGCAUGAUGUGCCCUCUGAAGAAACAAAAUAAAAAAACUUUUGAAAUAAA